GGUUAUAUCGUUUAUUUGAGAUUUUUCUUGUUUCUUGAUUUGAGAUUGAAUUGCUAUAAACUUCCCUCUUAGAACUGCUUUUGGGCCCCACUGGCUUUGGGCCCAGGAUCCAGGCGUCUGGACACAGGUCGAGCUGUCGGCAGGGCAGAGCCACAGGGCCUACAAAGAUGCUGGCUGUCCCGGAGAUGGGCCUGCAGGGGCUGUACAGCGGCUCCUGCCCAGAGCAGUCUCCAGUGCCCAGCCCACCCGGCUCCCCAAGGACCCAGGAAAGCUGUGGCAUUGCCCCCCUCACACCUUCACAGUCUCCAAAGCCUGAGGCCCGAGCCCCCCAGCAGGCCCCCUUCUCUGUGGUAGUGGCCAUCGACUUCGGCACCACAUCCAGUAGCUAUGCCUUCAGCUUUGCCAGUGACCCUGAGGCCAUCCACAUGAUGAGGGAGCAGGAGCUGAGGAUGAAAUGGGAGGGCGGGGACCCAGGUGUGGCCCACUGGAAGACCCCCACCUGCCUGCUGCUGACCCCAGAGGGUGCCUUUCACAGUUUUGGCUAUACAGCCCGUGAUUACUACCACGAGCUGGACCCUGAGGAGGCUCGUGACUGGCUCUUUGAGAAGUUCAAGAUGAAGAUCCACAGUGCCACUGAUCUCACCUUGAAGACCCAGCUAGAAGCGGUAAAUGGAAAGAAAAUGCCUGCCCUGGAGGUGUUCGCCCAUGCCUUGCGCUUCUUCAAGGAGCAUGCCCUUCAGGAGCUGAGGGACCAGUGCCCAUCGCUGCCAGAGAAGGACACUGUGCGCUGGGUGUUGACAGUGCCGGCCAUCUGGAAACAGCCAGCUAAGCAGUUCAUGCGAGAGGCUGACUACUUGGCCGAACUGGUGUCAAGAGAGGAUGCAGAGCAAUUACUCAUCGCCCUGGAGCCUGAGGCCGCCUCUGUCUACUGCCGCAAGCUGCGUCUGCACCAGCUCGUGGACCUGAGCAGCCGAGCUCCAGGCAGUGGGUGCCUGGGCGAGAGCUAUUCCAUUGAUCCCAGCUUCCGUCAGGCCCGAGAGCAGCUUCGAAGGUCCCGCCACAGCCGCACGUUCUUGGUGGAAUCGGGUGUCGGAGAACUGUGGGCUGAGAUGCAAGCAGGAGACCGCUACGUGGUGGCAGACUGUGGGGGAGGCACGGUGGACCUUACUGUGCAUCAGUUGGAGCAGCCCCACGGCACCCUCAAGGAGCUCUACAAGGCAUCUGGUGGCCCCUGUGGCGCGGUGGGCGUGGACCUGGCCUUCGAGCAGCUGCUGGGCCGCAUCUUCAGCGAGGACUUCAUCAGCACCUUCAAAACGCAACGCCCAGCAGCCUGGGUGGAUCUGACUAUAGCCUUCGAGGCCUGCAAACGCACCGCAGGCCCACACCGUGCGGGGGCGCUCAACAUCUCGCUGCCCUUCUCGUUUAUUGACUUCUACCGCAAGCAGCGAGGCCACAACGUGGAGACAGCCCUGCGCAGGAGCAGCGUGAACUUCGUGAAGUGGUCCUCACAGGGGAUGCUCAGGAUGUCUUGUGAGGCCAUGAACGACCUCUUUCAGCGCACGGUCAGCGGGAUCAUCCAGCACAUAGAGGCGCUGCUGGCGCGCCCCGAAGUGCAAGGCGUGAAGCUGCUGUUCCUGGUGGGCAGCUUCUCAGAGUCGGCAGUGCUGCAGCACGCGGUGCAGGCAGCACUGGGCGCCCGCGGCCUCCGCGUGGUGGUUCCGCACGACGUGGGCCUCACCAUCCUAAAGCGCGCGGUGCUCUUCGGGCAGGCUCCGGGCGUGGUUCGGGUGCGCCGCUCGCCGCUCACGUACGGCGUGGACGUGCUCAACCGCUUCGUGGCUGGGCGCCACCCGCCCGACAAGCUGCUGGUUCGCGGCGGCCGCCGCUGGUGCACCGACGUGUUCGAGCGCUUCGUGGCCGCCGCGCAGUCGGUGGCCCUGGGCGAGGACGUGCUGCGCAGCUACUGUCCGGCGCGCCCAGGCCAGCGGUGCGUGCUCAUCGACCUGUACUGCUGCGCCGCCCAGGACGCGCGCCCGGGCUUGCGCAAGUGCGGCGAGCUCAGUCUAGAGCUCGAGCCCGCCGAGGGAGGCCCCCAUGCCGCUGGCGCGCCCCCUAGCCGCCUCGAGAUCCGUACUGCCAUGCAGUUUGGCGACACCGAGAUUAAGGUCACUGCCGUCGACGUCAGCACCAAUCGAUCCGUGCGCGCCGCCAUCGACUUUCUUUCCAAUUGAGGGCGCAGUGCCAGACCCCCUCUGCCCCGCUGAACUCUCUUUUGGCCCAGGGCCUGGGGAGCGGGCUGAGGCGGACCAACCGGCCCCAUUCCCCGCCAUCCUGCCCCCGGGAGGUGAGGUCGCAGGAGGAUGGGUGGGGACAUAUCCAGAAACUCUGGCUUUGGGAUUGGGCCCCGGUCCGCUGACUGGAAGGCUGAAGGGCCCUGCCAAGGACUGAGGUCAAGGAGACUUAAAAGAGGUUUGUAAGACGGUGUGCCCACAGGGAGCACGUGAUCCUGAAAGCAGAAUGCACCGGAAGACUUGAGCCCUGGUCUGAACUGGGGUCCGGGAUGGGAGUGUGGGGGUGGGGGUGCAGCUGCAGGUGGGGCAGCAAGAGGAAGGAGGUUGUGUAGGGCCUGGGCCUGAAAGGCAGAGUGCACUGACUGACUGGCUCAGCCUGUUUAGGGAGCCAGACAGGACAAGGACUGGAAGCUGACAGGAAAAGGACAGGGGUAGUAAGACCUUCCUCGGUGUGGUACUGACCACCCAAGUAUGAAUGUUAAUUGUAGAAAGAGCAGUAGCAGACUAUGAGGAGAAGGGUACAGGGCGAGGCACUUAUGAGGGGGUGUGGGGGCACAUGUCGGGGGGCCCUUUCCUUUCUAUCUGAGAAGGCCCCAGGGGCAGCCUAUGAAUGACCCACUUGCACUCCAUCGAGCCACGGAGUGGGGGGAGGGUAGAGAGGACAGAGGGAGCACUGGUCGCAGCUCUGCCAUCAGCUCAGUGUACCUGCCCUCCCAUGAUGUGCAACAGCCCCACCUGCCUGAGAACCCUAAGAUGACAAUAAAGUAUUUAUGCUCAAGGUA